CGGUCGUGGGCGUCCUGCGGGCUUACGGGAUACGUGGAGAGAGUGAACUGCACCAGAUCUAACCGGGACGAGUACAAGAGCUGCCGCUCUGCAGUGAUGGAGGAACAUCUCUUCUGGAAGUUCGAGGCGGCCAUGUUGGCUCUGAUGGCGGCGUUCGCCGUGGUCGUGGUCGUCCGCCAGUGCUGGCUGGACCGCCUCGCCUCCGAGAAGGUCCGCCGCCAGAUCGAGUCCAUCUAGGUCCCCGGUCCAUCUGGCUGGACCGCCUCGCCUCCGAGAAGGUCCGCCGCCAGAUCGAGUCCAUCUAGGUCCCCGGUCCAUCUGGCUGGACCGCCUCGCCUCCGAGAAGGUCCGCCGCCAGAUCGAGUCCAUCUAGGUCCCGGUCCAUCUGGCUGGACCGCCUCGCCUCCGAGAAGGUCCGCCGCCAGAUCGAGUCCAUCUAGGUCCCCGGUCCAUCUGGCUGGACCGCCUCGCCUCCGAGAAGGUCCGCCGC